GCCGCAGGGCGAGCCAGCCAGCGAGUGCGUCCCGCCGGAGCCCACACGGGGGAAGCAUGGCGGCCAAGGUGACUUUAACCAAGAGAGCAGAUCCAGCAGAGCUAAGAACAAUAUUUUUGAAGUAUGCAAGCAUUGAAAAAAAUGGUGAAUAUUUCAUGUCUCCCAAUGACUUUGUCACUCGAUACUUGAACAUUUUUGGAGAAAGUCAACCUAACCUAAAGACUGUGGAACUUUUAAGUGGUAUGGUGGAUCAGACCAAAGAUGGAUUAAUAUCUUUUCAAGAAUUUGUAGCCUUUGAAUCUGUCCUGUGUGCCCCCGAUGCUUUGUUCAUGGUGGCCUUUCAGUUGUUUGACAAAACUGGCAAAGGAGAAGUCACUUUUGAGGAUGUGAAGCAAGUUUUUGGACAGACCACAAUUCAUCAGCAUAUUCCAUUUAACUGGGAAUCAGAAUUUGUGCAGCUACAUUUUGGAAAAGAAAGAAAACGACACUUGACAUAUGCAGAAUUUACUCAGUUUUUACUGGAAAUGCAGUUGGAGCAUGCAAAGCAAGCAUUUGUGCAGCGGGACAGCGCCAGGACCGGAAGAAUCACAGCCCUUGACUUCCGGGACAUCAUGGUCACCAUUCGCCCCCAUGUCUUGACACCUUUUGUAGAAGAAUGUCUAGUAGCUGCUGCUGGAGGUACUAUAUCCCAUCAAGUUAGUUUCUCCUACUUUAAUGGAUUUAAUUCGCUCCUUAACAACAUGGAACUCAUUAGAAAGAUCUACAGUACUCUGGCUGGUAACAGGAAAGAUGUCGAAGUGACAAAGGAGGAGUUUGUUCUGGCAGCUCAGAAAUUUGGUCAAGUUACACCCAUGGAAGUUGACAUCUUGUUUCAGUUAUCAGAUUUAUAUGAGCCACGGGGGCGAAUGACCUUAGCAGAUAUUGAACGGAUUGCCCCUCUGGAAGAGGGAACUCUGCCCUUGCACUUGGCUGAGGCGCAGCGGCAGCAGAAGGUCUCAGGAGGGACAUCUCGACCAGUUCUUCUGCAAGUGGCGGAGUCAGCUUACAGGUUCGGCCUGGGUUCUGUUGCUGGAGCGGUUGGAGCCACUGCCGUAUAUCCUAUUGAUCUUGUGAAAACGCGAAUGCAAAACCAGCGAUCGACUGGCUCUUUUGUGGGAGAACUGAUGUACAAAAACAGCUUUGACUGUUUUAAGAAAGUGCUACGCUAUGAAGGCUUCUUUGGAUUAUACAGAGGUCUCUUGCCGCAGUUACUGGGAGUUGCCCCUGAGAAGGCCAUAAAACUUACCGUGAAUGAUUUUGUGAGGGAUAAAUUUAUGAACAAAGAUGGUUCGGUCCCACUGGCAGCAGAAAUUCUUGCUGGAGGCUGUGCUGGAGGCUCCCAGGUGAUUUUCACCAAUCCUUUAGAAAUUGUCAAAAUCCGUCUGCAGGUGGCUGGAGAAAUCACUACCGGUCCUCGAGUCAGUGCUCUGUCUGUCCUGCGGGACUUGGGCUUCUUUGGAAUCUACAAGGGUGCCAAAGCAUGCUUCCUGCGGGACAUUCCUUUCUCGGCCAUCUACUUCCCAUGCUAUGCUCAUGUGAAGGCUUCCUUUGCCAAUGAAGAUGGGCAGAUUAGCCCUGGAAGCCUGCUCUUGGCUGGUGCUAUAGCUGGUAUGCCUGCGGCAUCUUUAGUGACCCCUGCUGAUGUUAUCAAGACGAGAUUACAGGUGGCUGCCCGGGCCGGCCAAACCACUUACAGCGGAGUUAUAGACUGCUUUCGAAAGAUAUUGCGGGAGGAAGGCCCAAAAGCUCUGUGGAAAGGAGCUGGUGCUCGUGUAUUUCGAUCCUCGCCCCAGUUUGGUGUAACUUUGCUGACUUACGAAUUGCUACAGCGAUGGUUCUACAUUGAUUUUGGAGGAGUAAAACCCGUGGGAUCAGAGCCAGUUCCAAAAUCCAGGAUCACACUGCCAGCUCCCAAUCCAGAUCACGUUGGGGGCUACAAAUUGGCAGUUGCAACUUUUGCAGGGAUCGAAAACAAAUUUGGACUUUAUCUCCCUCUCUUCAAACCAUCAGCAUCUACCUCACAAGUUAUCAGCGGAGGUCCGUAGUAAGACUACAGCCAGGAUAUUGCAUUGUUACAACAGAAGAGAGCACCUCACUUCAGAAUGAAGCCACUUUGUGUUCCUUUCACGUCCAUCUCUCAUUUAAAUUGCUGUUGGGGCUUUGUAAUGUGAAAUUGUUCCAUUUCUGUGCAUUUUCGUAAUCAGAUCAUUUUGAAAUU